CAUGAAUGAACAAAAACAACACAAGUAAGCCAAGAAAAUAAGAAGAAAACAAAUUACAAAGCAAGAGCAUAAUUUAAGAUAAACUGUUAAAUAAUUUACGAUCUAAGAAUUCGAAAUGAAAUGUCCGAAUCCAAUCUCAAUUCUUGAAUAACCAGUGAAAAUACUGAAAAGUUAAAAUUACAAAAUCAAAGCAAAAAUUAUUUGCAUGGCCAGCCUAACAUCGCAAUUGAAUAACUCUUGAAGACUUUAUAUUUAAUGCGGCUUAGUGUAUUUAUGUUUGGAAUCCGGUAGGAUUGAAUAGAGUUGCCGCCUGCCAGUUGCGCGGAACUUGUUGGCUGCUGAUUGCUGAGUGGUGUGAAAACAGCCAAGCUCGACGCUCGUGAAUCGUACAGUGCGGGAGGACUAAUGAAAAUCAUUCUGAAAGAAAAAACUUUCUUCCUCUUUUCAUAUUAUAUUCCUAAACAAAUCUACCGAAGUAAAUUAAUUUUUUUUACCGCUUGACUUGAUUCAGUAAACAUGGCUCAAGAUGACGAAAAUAUCACGGAAACUGAACCGAAUAUUAAUUCAGUCAGUGAAACUGCACGUCGGCCUUUCAGAAUUACGAUGGAGUUUCCAUUAUUUUUCACCAUGCUAUCAGUAGCGCUUUCUGGUGCGGCAAUAAGCAAUCUAAUAUUAUUCAGAACAUGUGUUCAUUCUUUGAACCACAGCCAAGAGGAGUGCCAGGUAUUCUUGUCUCCAGUAAAAAACAAUGGGAGUCACCAGUUAGAAGAGGAGGUGCAGAAGUAUGCAACAUUUGUAUCCAUGGUCCGCAUGAUUGUAGAGUCAGUUGCUCCAGCCAUACUAUCGUUAUUCCUUGGGGUUUGGUCGGAUACUCAUGGGAGAAAGCCUUUGGUUGUUUGGCCUUUAUUCGGGAUGUCCAUUAGCGCCGGAUUGGUCGUUGUGUACAGUAUGUUACAUAGCUUAGGUCCGUGGUGGUUCAUCUUUACCUCAAUACCGAUGUCUCUGUCUGGAGGCUUUACUGCCUUGUUUACUGGCUCAUUUUGCUAUAUCAGUGACAUCACAUCUACUGAAAAGCGAUCUCUUAGAAUGACGGUAUUUGAAGCAGCUGUCUCCGCUGGUAGCGUUAUAGGAGCAGUGGCCAGCUCUUACGUCAUGAGAGCAGUUGGAAUCGUUUAUUUGCUACUCAUAGCAGCAUCUUUGUUUGUAACAGCAUACAUAUUUACUAUCAUUUGUUUGAAGGAAUCAUUGGUUGGAGCUGUUCAGGGCAAUCUGAGAUCAGUGCUAGAUUUCAAGCUAAUAAAGUCAAUGUUGUCCGAAUGUUUCAAGAAACGGCCUAACCACGGCCGAGCGCAAAUCCUCCUGUUAACAUUCGCGAAUUGCUUGUCAAUAUUCAUUAUGUAUGGACAUAUGAGUUUGGACUAUAUGUAUACGCGAAAGAAGCUUCAUUGGGCGAUCAAACAGUACACGAUUUAUUCGGCUACGCAAACCACGAUAUCUUUCUUCGGAUCUUUCCUUGGAGUGAUGUUAGUGCAGAGGUUGUUCAAGGUGUCGGAUUUGGCGUUUGCGACUGUCGCAAUCGCGUCCGCUGGCACGGAAUACAUGAUUAUUGCUUUCGCGACUGCUGCCUGGCAAAUGUACACAUCGGCCGGAAUAUCCCUGUUCAGAAGCCUGUCGUCGCCUCUCAUCAGGUCUCUGCUCAGCAAGAUCCUGCCGCCGCAGGACAUCGCCAAGGUGUUCGCCCUGAUGUGCGCCAUCGAAGGAGUCAGCCCGCUCAUUGCCCCCGCGCUCUACAACUCCCUGUACGCGUACACGAUCUCUACGUUCCCAGGAGCGAUUUAUAUUCUGAGCAGUGGAAUUUCUGGUGCUUGCGUUAUUUUCCUUGGGUUCGUGCAAUAUUUUAGAUGGAAGUCGUCUUCUAUAGUUUACGAAGCUUUAACCAACGAAACAUAAUUUUGUAGAUCGAAGCAGAAAAGUCUCAAAUAAAUACAACUGCCUAUAUUUAUAACGAUUUUACCAAGUUAAUGUUGACGCAGUAAUUUUAGGUAUGUAAUAGGUAUAACUAGGUAUGUACGAUAUACUCGUAAUAAGUAGGUACGUAUGAUCAAUUUUUCCUUGGCUUUCAAAUCGCAGAGCUUCACACAAAAACGGGUGUGAUCUUUUAAGAGAAGUGUCUUCCGAGCGCAUUCCAUACAAACAGAUUCUUAUUUGAAUUAAUUAUUUAUUAUUGAACGAAUUUUUUUGUAGUUACGAUUAUUAUUUAUGUAGAUAAUUAUAAUUAUUAAUGUUAUUAGGUCUACAAACUAAUAUCUGUGUGUCUACUGUCUAUGUAUGUCUGUGUGUUUGUUAGAUUUUCGUAAAAAUAUGUAUACAGGUUGACAUGGUACGCCUCGUGAUCCAAUUGGACUUUAUGUUUUGCGCGCACUGUACAAAUAGGUAGGUACAAAUCUUUGGAUAUGUCUAGCUUUGAACGUGUUUAUCAUGGGGUUUGGAUAUUAUUAAAAUAAAAAUCUAACUUCGUUUGUGUGGGGCGCGCUUGGAAGCUCUUGAAAGAUACUCCGUUCGUUCUAAAGUUAGAUGUUUUCCUCGUGUCAUAGUCAAUUUACAGCAAAUAGGUCUUAAAUGCCUUACAUAGUUGUGUACGGUUUAUUUACCUUUUAUUGUAGCCAAGGAAAAAUAUAUACUAGAUAAGUUGGGUUAUAUAGGAACUGAUUUAUGUAAAUAUACAAGAGUUAUGUACAUAAUAUUUAGCUUUUAUAUAUCAAAUACAAUAUCCACGAUUGGUGGUUUUUUUAAUAUGACUUAUACAUGUAUAUUAUUAUAAUUUUAUCUAUUCUAUCAUUGAAUGAAUUUUUUAGUCAAGGUGAAUUCUUUUGUAAUGCAGCGUAGCAAUUUAAAUUAAGUAAAUAAUUACCCAAGUCUUGAAAAUUGUAUUAAAGUCUGCAAAAGUUUCAGUGAUGUUUGUGCUUGAAGCACGAACUACGGGAAAUCCUAGGAUUUACCAAAUCUUUUGACUGUAAAAUCUUUGGAUUUACCAUAAAGGGUUUAGAUGUAUGCUUUGAUAUAACUAAUAUAUAAGAAAAUGCACAUUUUAGUUUUAACAAUAUUUUAUUUCCCAGUGAUUUUAUCUAGUUGAACUUAUAACUUAAGUAGAGGUAUAUCUCCAUAUCUAAUGCAAUAAUUAUUAUUAUUAUAUUAUUUA